AUACACCUUCACCAACAGAGAAGUUUUUAGUGAAAUAUGCUUCUAAAUCAGCGUUGAAAGAUGUGUUCUCUAAGCUAAAAUUUGGUGGCCCAGUGUCGAUGUGCCGGGACGGGUCACUGGGCGCGGCCUCGUUGGGCGCCACUAGAGAUGCGCCCAAGACGCGCCGCGCCCCUUCUGUGCGCUCCGAUGAGCGACCCCUAGCCACGCAGGGAGAUAUGCUCAACAGUAUCAAGUUUCAAAGGAGAUUGCGUGAUUCUAUGAAUACAGAGAAAAAUGACACGCCCCAUGAGAAAGUCAGUCAGCCGCCCAGGAAGCCUAGUAUCAAGAACGUAAACUCUAGAACGACCAAUUUGAUAAAACCGAAUGUUAAUCAAGAUUAUAGCGGUAACAGGGAGAAGCAGAGCCCAAUAACCAGAAGUUUCUUCAACCCUGCGCGGCCGAUGUCACCGAAAGGCCGCCGAAGCCCGCAAACGACUAGCUUCUAUUGACCACGUCAUGGCGCAGCUGACUCAAAUUGUGUUGUGUAUUGACGUAAUAAAAG